AUGACCUCCGACAGCGUACAGCGCCUACGAGCGCUAGCUUUACAGAAAGAAGAAAUCGAGCGUGAGAUUGAACGCUUGGUAUCCUGUCUAGAAGUCACGCCUGCCGGGGUGCGAGGUCCACUCGUUGACGAGGACGGCUUCCCCCGUUCGGACUGCGAUGUGUACCAGAUCCGCCAGUAUCGUCAACGUCUCGUGUGCCUGCAAACCGAUUAUCGUCUGAUAAUGAGAGAAAUUGAAAGGCUGCUUCCGGAGGUGCUGACGAGCGGGCCAACACACGCGCAAACCGCACGGUCUACCGCGUCUGUGUCACGAGUUGUUGAGAGCGCACCAGCAGUGCGGACUGCCUCGAGCCGGGAACACCGCCCCGGAGACAACCAGCCAGCACAACGCUCAGAAUGGACUGGGACGAGUCUGGGUCAGUCGAACCUGAGACCGUUCGCAAAGGUGGUGCAGGUAGAGGCUGGGUCACCAGCGGCCCAGGGAGGCCUCCAAGAAGGCGACCUAGUUGUACGCGUCGCCUCCUGUACUGACUGGGAGACGCUUGCGGUGACGGUGUCCGAGCAUCGCGCUCAACCUGUGGUGUUUUCGAUUGUGAGGGGUUUGCGCACUUCAGAAGCUGACUGCUCGAUUACCACGCACGAUAUUGUUGUCGUACCGACUCCAUGGGCAGGUGCUGGUCUACUUGGUGCUCGUUUUGAGCGAUAUUAG